UCUCCACAACGAUGUGAAAACAAUGUUUUAAGUAUGAAAUAUUUUACUGCUAGAACAUUUAACAAAGAGUGAAAAAAUGUCUUCCAUAAAUCGGGACGACGAAAAGGACAGUUUACUGCACAAAACGGCAGCAUACAGGAAGGAUAACGUACAUAGAGGAUAUGGCGCGCGACACACUUUCACAAUAUUGUCCUUUAUAGGAUACUUUAAUCUAUAUACCCUUCGGUUUAACCUCAGUGUUGCUAUAGUUACCAUGGCAAAUCAUACAGAUAUCAAGACCGACCAAAAUAAAACAGACAGUGAUGUGUGUCCGGGGCCGAGUACAAACAGCACAAAAACAACAAACAGUCAGGCCGUGGAGUUCGACUGGGAUGAAAGCACACAAGGAAUUAUUCUCAGCUCAUUUUUUUACGGUUACGUCGCAACACAAAUACUAGGAGGAUAUUUGGCGACAAAGUUUGGAGGAAAACGUAUUUUUGGAUAUGGAGUCUUAGUCACUGCUGUCCUAUCCCUAGUGACCCCUGUUGUUGCUAGGGUCGGUACAUGGGCAUUAAUUACUGUUAGGAUUAUUGAAGGAUUAGCAGAGGGACUGACAUUUCCAGCUAUUUCGACAAUGCAAGGGAAAUGGACGCCAAAGAUGGAGCGAACCACUUUACCGAUUAUUGCAAGCUCAGGGGCUACAUUUGGCAGUGUUGUCGUUCUAUCAGUUACCGGGUACCUAUGUGACAGUGACUUCCUGGGAGGAUGGCCCUCAGUUUUCUACAUAUUUGGCGGAGCAGCGGUGGUAUGGUUCGUAUUUUGGCAGUUUCUUGUAUUUGAAACACCUUCUGAUCACACAAGGAUAUCGGCGGCCGAGAGACUGUACAUUGAGAGUACGGCUUCUGUAAAGAAAGCGAAGAACUACCCGACUCCCUGGAAAGCGAUUCUUUCUUCGUCUGCAAUGUGGGCCAUAAUCCUGACGAACCUCCUGCAGGGCUGGGGAAAUUACAUCACAUAUACGACACUGCCAACAUAUAUGAAUAAAAUACAGAAGUUUGAUAUUAAACAAGAUGGAUUAUUGAUGUCCUUGCCUACGCUUAUGACAUUGCUAACAAGUGUAAUAGGGAGUCACUUUGCGGAUUUCCUGAGGAGUAGACGAUAUCUUUCGACGACCGUUGUCCGUAAAAUGUUCAGCACUUUAGGUUUAGUAGCGGCUUCACUGUGUCUACCAUUUAUAUCACUGGCCGGAUGUGAACACGUGUAUGUCGUCGCAUUAAUCGUCAUCGGGAACGGAAUGUUAGGAUUUCUACAAGUUGGUUUGACCGUUAACCUUUUUGAUAUAGGUUAUAACUAUUCCGGUAUAUUGAUGGGUUUAGCUAACUUUUCCUCAAACAUACCUGGAGUUAUCGCCCCUUACUUUGUUGGACUAAUGACAAAUAACAAUGAGACAAUGGAUCGAUGGCAGACAAUUUUCUAUGUGUCGAUGGGAGCUUACAUCGCAGCGACGAUCAUAUUUCUGCUAUUCGCUAAAGGUGAAGAGGAACCAUGGAACAAGCCUCCGGAAGACACAAGUGAAACUAACAUCACUAUCAAACAAUCUUCUGUCACUGGGAACGCUUCACAUAAAAUACAAUAUGCGGACACGUUUGGCUUUUAACAGUGUCUCUUUUCGUAAUGCUUGAAUGACUCAUUAUAUUGUGGAGCAUUACUUGUUGCUAAGCAUGUGGGAAACGUGUUACAAUAUGACAAAGAACAGUGUAAGAAAGAAAUAUUUGCUAAUAAUUUACAGAAAUAAGAAUAUCAUGUUCGACAGGAUAAAAAUUAUGAAUCACACAAUCUUGAAAGUUUGUAGGAGAAAAUCUCAUGUAACUAGUAAGUGGCCUCAAGAUUUGUUUUUACCAAUUUUUAAUCUUGGUUACCUAUGAUGUAUACACUAAGUAUGAACUCUAUGUAUACACUACAAUGUACAUAACACACGUAUCUUACAUAAAUAGUAAUUUAUAUUAAUUGAUGGUAUGAUAGUCAACGUACGUUAUAGAAAGCAAAUAGCAGGUCAUUGAAUAUCUACAUCAUUGAUGUAACUUAAUUGAUAUUACGAGUGUCAUAGAAAUCAAGGUGCGAUUGAUUAUAAAACAUAUCAGGAAACUGUAUUUGUGUAGCUUUUUCAUUUCUUAGAAUGAACGUUACUGACAGCGUAUUCCCAACAUACGAUAAGUGUAUCGUGCAGUGAUCAUAAUAACAAACUGAUCGUCUAUAUUAUUUAUACAUACAUAGCCUUUCAGUAAGGUUGAUACAAGGUUACAAUAGCAUGAGAAUAUAUAUCAAACAAUGAAAUCAACACGAAACCAUUACUGUAAACGUACAUAUUUUAGCGUUUAGCAAUGAAUAAUUAUUAUUGCGCUAGACUUACUUUCUUGACAUUGAUUUCUACAGCUAACUCACUAAAGCUCGUGUCUUUUGUAACUUUUAAAAAGUAACUUGCUCGUGUGAAAUAAAUUCCAUAUCAAACAACAACUCGUUGUGUAACCUUUAUUUAUACAUGUUUCCAAUUAUGACUAAACUAUGGUCUACAAACUUCUAGCUAUGUCGCUUUGUUUAU